AUGACGAAUUCAAAGGAGACUCUUCACCACCACAUUCUCCGUUACAAUCAAAUGAGCCUGUCAAGAUUCUCGAGAUCUAUAAUCCCUCGUCCUUUAAGUUCACUAACUGCUGGUUUUGUUUUGAUCCGCGCAAUGCAUAUCCAGUCGAUUCCGAUGUGGACUGGUAGUAAUGACAACUACGCCUACCUAGUAAUUGACGACAAGAGCAAAGAUGCUGUCAUUAUUGACCCCGCCAAUCCAGACGAGGUGGCACCAGUCUUGAAAGAGCAAAUCAGUUCUGGGAAGAUCAACUUGACGGCAAUUGUCAACACACAUCAUCAUUGGGACCAUGCUGGUGGGAACAAGAAACUGAUGGCCCAUUCUGAGUUCAAGGGCAAGCCUGUUAUCGGCGGCAAGGAUUGUGAGGGUGUAACACAGACUCCAAAGAAUGGCGAAGGUUUCAAGAUUGGGGACAUCGCAGUCAAGGCUCUCUACACCCCAUGUCAUACACAAGAUAGCAUCUGCUGGUUUAUGGAGGAUAGCACCGGAAAGGUUGUUUUCACUGGAGAUACCCUUUUCCAUGGUGGCUGUGGCAGAUUUUUUGAAGGUACUCCGGAGGAAAUGAACACCGCAUUGAACAAGACCCUUGCGGCAGUUCCAGACGAUACGAAAGUCUAUCCUGGCCAUGAGUAUACCAAAGCCAAUGUGAAAUUCGCAAUGUCGGUUCUGCAGAGUGAGCCAGUGAAGAAGUUGCAUGCGUUUGCAGAAAACAACAAGGAGACACAAGGCAAAUUUACGAUAGGUGAUGAGAAGAAACACAAUGUCUUCAUGAGAAUGGAUGAUCCCGAGAUACAAAAGGCUACGGGAAAGAAAGAUCCCGUGGAGGUUAUGGCCAAACUUCGAGAGAUGAAGAAUAACUUCAAGCCACCGAUUGAGUCAAAAAUAUGA